CCUGUCUCGGGUAUUGCUUCCCCAAUCCCCACUGAAAUCUCUACACGCUCGUCCUUUCUCGUGCCCUCCAUGGCGCAACCCUAGGUACCUCGAUCCACACCGCCGCCUCUCAUUGUCUGGGUGACUGGGUCCAGCUCUGUCCGCCUCCCCCAAAGUCCGUCGCCCCCCGCCCCCACCCCGUCUAUCACGCCGCCGCCGCCGCCGCCGCCGCCGCCGUCUACAGUGAGAAGCAGGAUCUCGCCGCCGCCUCUUGACUUCAGCGACGGUACAUCAAGGUCCAGCCGCCUUCGCGUCCUCCUCCAAGACCUCGGCGACGUUACAUCAAGGUCGAGCCGCCGCCUGCUUCCAGGAAUUCGCCGCGGCCUCCAAUAUCCUCUUCAAUCCCUCCGCUUUGAAGGCCUGAUCAGUUGAGAUGUCGUUAACACGGACAUCAUCCACAGCCUCAUCCUCAGCCUCGAGUGGAACCGCUUCUCCUCCCAGCGAACAGAUCGGUGAAGAACAUAUCUUCAACAGCAAUGACUUUGCUGAGUUGGAAAGCUGGGGAGAUCCCACUCCUAGACCAUCGCCGUUUACUCUGAAGGAGCUGGGUGAUGCCUGGGUUGCUGCUGCAAAGCGCCAGCUCAUUCACAGGCCCAAGUCGCCGACCCGUGAGGAGCGGCUAAGGCGCCUGCGAGAGCAUGAUCUGAAGAGUUUGAUGAUAGCAUUGGGCGUGUAUGCUGAGCAAAACAAUAUGCAACCUGCUGACCUUGAAGUUAUAGAAGUGAAAGAAAGAAAUCUAAUCGACGAGGAGGGAAAGGGUUAUGUGCAUUUCAACUUUCUUGUGAAAAUGCAACAUAACCCAUCUAGUUUGUUCUUUGCGGAGGUGCAUCCGGACUGUAGAGAGGGGGAGGAUGUGUAUCUUUGCACUCCUUUGGAAGCUAAUGACUCAGGUGACUGUUAUGGGUGCAAGGACCGUGCAAAGGAGCUUCUGCAUCCCAAUAGCGGUGGCUACUUGGGUGGGCAUAUGGAUAUUGUUUUUCCCUUCAUUUAUGUAAGUGGUGAAGAAAGUGAAGACGAGGCCUGAUUUCUCCUGGUUUGCAUAGUUUCUUGUGGACAUGAGUGUUAGUCGUAGCGUGACGUGCUAGUGGUCGCGUUUGACAAAAUAGGGUGGUGCUAGUUAGUGGUCGUAAGGAAGGAUGAAUCCUCCUCACAAGACUUCAAUAUGCUUUUUUUCAUUUUGAUUUUGAACGCAGUGGUUCUACUCUGAGCAGAGAGGGAGCUACACUGGGAAAAACUACUGUAGAGAGGAAGCUUAAGACGGAUGAAUGUUUCCUGUACAUCUUGUUCGCAGAAUUUUUGUUUCAGUGCUUUAAUUUUUGGGAUAGUGUUGCAAA